CUUUUUGCUAUUGGUCCACGGAACUGUCAAUCGCCGCCAAGAUAACUCACAAGCCAAGAUAACAAGCAGAGUGAUAUACACAACUAAAGUGGUGAUGUUUCCGAGGCCGGUGGUACUGCGGUGAACUUUUUGUUAAACCCCUGCGGAUGUGUGACAAGAAUUUAAUACAUUUUUAGACCUUUAUCGAAAAUACCCAUGUCGCGGUUGAGCUGUGUAGACUUGAACGUUUUGAAUGAAUUGACCUCGUUAUCAUUCAGGACCAUAUGUUGAGAAAACCGAGCGGAGGAAAAAGAAACGACGGCUUAGGAGGCUGUCUGGACCCGAGGACGAGAAGCGACUAGCUAAUAGUAACUCUCAGCUGUGGUGCCAAGAGGGAUAUCCACACUCAAAGUGACAUCGCUAACAAAUAGGACACGGAACAGAAGAUAAUCUGGCCGAAGAUAGCCUUGUGAAUCUCCUGUCGCCGAGAAGAAGACAAAUUAGUUGGCUUGGAGCGAAGAAAACAACUGACUUCGCCGACGUUGGCCAACGCUGUCAACUGAAAAUACAAAGAAAAAAAAAACAAAAAAAAAACAAGCGUCCAGCCACCGUCCAGUGUUUUAAGGAUGAAUCACUUAUCCUUCAGCGAGCUAUGCUGCCUGUUCUGCUGUCCACCGUGUCCUAGUAAGAUUGCCUCUAAGCUGGCCUUCCUGCCCCCAGAGCCAACCUACAGUCUCAUGUGUGAUGAGAGUGGCAGCCGAUGGACGCUGCACCUCUCUGAGCGCGCCGACUGGCAGUACUCAGCCCGAGAGAAGGACGCCAUUGAGUGUUUCAUGACACGCACCUCAAGAGGGAACCGCAUUGCCUGCAUGUUCGUCCGCUGCUCACCCAGCGCCCGUUACACUCUAUUAUUCUCCCAUGGAAACGCAGUGGACUUGGGCCAGAUGAGCAGCUUCUACAUUGGCCUGGGUUCACGGAUCAACUGCAAUGUCUUCUCAUACGACUACUCGGGUUACGGAGCCAGUUCUGGGAAACCCUCGGAGAAGAACCUCUAUGCUGAUGUAGACGCCGCCUGGCAGGCACUUCGGUCACGGUAUGGCAUCCGGCCAGAGAGCGUGAUCGUGUACGGCCAGAGCAUUGGCACCGUGCCCUCUGUGGACCUGGCUUCUCGCUAUGAGAGUGCUGCAGUCAUCCUCCACUCCCCACUCACCUCUGGCAUGAGAGUGGCCUUCCCUGACACCAAGAAGACCUACUGCUUUGAUGCCUUCCCAAACAUUGACAAAAUUUCCAAGGUAACAUCACCAGUUCUCGUGAUCCAUGGUACGGAGGACGAGGUCAUCGACUUCUCCCAUGGCCUGGCACUGUAUGAACGCUGUCAGCGCCCCGUGGAGCCGCUCUGGGUGGAGGGGGCUGGACACAACGACGUGGAGCUCUAUGGACAGUACCUGGAGAGACUCAAACAGUUUGUGGCACAUGAGCUAGUCAACUUGUAGAGGAACUAAAGAUAAGGGUGGAGAGGGAAGAAGAGAAGUUUCCAGGAAAGGAUGGAUGAUGGACAAGGGGUACAACUAUUUUUUUUUUCUUUCUUAUUUCGUGAAGUAAUGCAGGUAGAAGUGAUGUUUUGUCUAUGUAUUACUGACUUUAUGGUGGCUGACUUCUCUCAUUUGAGUACCUCUCCCCCUUGGAGCUCCAGUUCACCCGGACCAUGGCCUGCCAGUACCGUCCACUCCAUAUGCUGCAGCUGUGAACUUACAA